GUAGCGGUUAGCAAUCACCUUGCCCAUAACAAUCAUUUCGGUUCACAUACCAUGGUAGUAGUUAGGGGGAAGCGACACCCGAGUGAUCCUUCCCCAAAAGAGCUUUCAAAAAGAUUCACCUUUGUUUUGUUUUACUUUAAUUAGCAAACUUUUCAACCAAAACUUUAUUGCUAGAUAAUGAUUCAAAUGACUGAAGUAGGGGUAGACGGACCGUCCCGGGUUGAUAUUUAAACAUACUUAUCAUGUACUGCACCCGACUAAAGUUUAUACUUGGACCUUAGGGGGGAAAUUAUUGUGGUAUUCGGGACGAGUCAGAGAUCAAGCUGUAAAGAAGAAUUAACCAUCUUUGAUUAUCUUAAGCUUCACGUCGGGAUGAUUAGGGGUAGAAAAAUGUAAAUACUAAAUAGAAGUCAUUACCGUCAUUCGUUCAUUGCUACGACAUCAAAUUCGUGACCAAAUAAAUCAAAUCGUAACAAUAUAAACCCCCAGACUGGAGUCGAGAAGAUAUGAAUCGGAUCCAUUGAGGAGAGAGAGAGAGAGAACAACCUCGCUGAUAUCUCUGGCGGAGACGACGAUAUCAUUUUAUCUGGAAGCGAAAUAGAGGGAAUCAACAUCCGAGAAAAGAACAAAAAACGAAAAAGUUGAGAUUGAAAGCUCACCGGAAACGAAAGAUCUUCCUCUUCACGUGUGCACCACUCAAAUCCGCCACUCAACCCAGCAACCUAUGGUAAUCGAUGAAGACGCUACAACCAAAAACAUAUUUGAAAAAGCACCCAAAUCAAUCUAAGUGAGACACAGAUAGACUGAGAGAGAGGAAACAAACCUGGCAAAUCGAAUCUCACCAUGAAUCGAGCAGAACCUCAGAAAUCGGUGGGCAAUGAAAGGGGUGAGAGACUUAAGGGAAUCGAAGCGCCAUUGCUCCAAAACCGACCCAUCGUGAAAAAACCAAGUUCAUAUCCCCGGCUGCCAUCAAUCCCUACAGGAUUUGUGUAAAUCAAUACAGCAAACGAAGAAGAAAAAAUGAAACAUAACCCGAAUCCCAUGACAUCCUCGACUUCAGCAGUUAGUUACUCGCUGGUAGCUUGCAAUCAAAAGCGUAGAGACUCGCCAUUGGAGAAAGCUUAACAGAGAGAAGGAGUAAGAGGAGGAGGAGAGAGUGGUUCGAAAACAAAAAAGGAAGAGAAGUGAGAGAAAGAGAGAGAUGAGAGACAUUAGCGUAGAGAGAAGCGAGAAAAAGAGCAAAGAGAAAGAGAGUGUGGUAACUGGCAAAAAAUUAGAGAGGAAGAAUGGGGUGAGAUAUGAUGCUUUGGGUAGGUUAAAGAGAGUCGCCUACUUGAGCCCGCUGCAGUUUCCAUGGCAGAGUGAAGAAGCAACAGAGAGAGGCCAGAUUGCUGAUGAAUUGCCGUGAAUUGUUCCAAAACGCAGAGUCUUGGGCAAGGAAAGUCGUGGUCGUGAUGAUUAGCAGAAGGUUUGAGAGAGAGCAACGGUGAUUUGAGGUUUGAAGAUGUGAUUUGAGGUUUGCAGCAGAAGGGCAUAGAGAAAAGGUCAAGAAGGUAGCGAGAGAGCAGGGUAAAUGAUUGUUUAUUUGAGGCCGACACGCUAUCCACAAGAUCGCCCGCACCAAACAAAGUUAUCCCGUGGCUGGGUUAAUCGACGGCGGCCCAACCAUUAUCAAGCUUCCAAAGCAAGACAAAACACACCAUGGGUCCAAGCACAGACAACAGACCAAUGAAGAGAGAGCGAAUAGUAAUUUUAGGUGUAAAUGAAUAGUAAUUUUUAAUCUAAAUGAAUAGUAAACACAGUCUUGGUGUACAUGGAUCUUGUCUUUGCAAAUAACUUAUUCUAAUGUUGGUUUUGUAGUUUGUACUACAGUGGCAUAGCCAGACAUCGAGUUCACUGGGGUCCUUAAAAAUUUACUAACACUAAUGCUUGUGUACCUAAUGAAUUUUGAGUUAACCGGGGGUCCUUAAUGAGCUAACAUAGUUGAGAUUAUGAGAUCCUAAACUUGAAUUAUCGUACUAAAACCUAUACAUUUAAGGGGUUUUGUUGCCCAAUUUUUGCCAAGUGGGGUUCUAGGACCCCUCUUCUCCUUACCUCCCUCUACCACUUACUACAGCUUCUACUUAUUAGUUAUUACUUAUUACUAGGGGUGGUAAUCGGUAAACCGGUAUUUGGUAUUACCAGAUACCGUACCGGAUACCGGCAGUAUCGGUAUUCGAUGACGUGAUUUGGCAUAACGGUAUACCGGAUAAUACCCGGUAAUAUAUCGACGACAAUCCGGUAUACCGGAAUACUGAAAUAGCAUAUAUUAAAUAAGGGAAAAGAUGGAUUCCACCGCAUGGACUCCACCGCAGAACUCAUGGAUUCUACCGCAGAACUCAUCUCGACUAGAAAUCUGCAUCCCCAAUCCAAAAACAGAAAGAAAUCAUAAAUAACGGACACAAACAAAAAAAAAGGAAGAAACUUGCAACAAUUCAAUGACAGAACCAAUAUGCAGUUGUGAAUAAAUAAUGCCUAGCUGAAGGCAGGUCGAGAGAGAGACUUGUUGGCGGAAACACUAAAGGAGGAAGCUGAAGAGGAUUUUGGAGCGGCUUUGAUUUGGGAGGCAACACGGAUCGUCGAAUUGUGAGCGGAGGAGCGGAAAAUGGAUCUACCAGCGGCGGUGCAAGCGGCCAUUGUAUUGCUUUUGGACGAGGAAGUAAAAGUCAAACAACCCGAGGUUUUGGCUGGAGCUGGAACUCUGGAAGUAAGUUCAAUUCGAAAGGUCUAUUUUCAGCGAAUUUAGAACUCACAAUUCAUGAAUGCAAUUUUGGAAGAAAAUGAUCUAUCCGGUGUCCCGGUUAAAACACCUGUAAUCGACUAUCUAGUAUCCGAUAUACCGAAUAACUUUUGGUAUCGGUAUUCGGCGACAUAAUUUCAAUUGCCGGUAUACCGAAUACCGGCUACUCGGUAUCCGGUAUACCGACCGACCGAUUACUACCCAUACUUACCCACAUGAUUUCAAUAUGGGUUGGUUGGUUCCUUCCUUGGUCCAACUCGAACUGAUCCGUUAACCACGAACCUGGGUGUACCUCAUCCUCUCCGGUUAUCCUAUCCGAAGUUCCAACUAAACAUCGUCAACCCUCCACCCAAAAAAAGCACGGCGCCAAUUUAGCUGGUGGUGGUAGGAAUGGCCAAGCCUCGGGCACAAAAGGAGAAAGAGCCGAGAAAACAAGGGAAGAAAAUGAGAAAAUGAGUCCGAUUCUGCGGAGGACGAAGAUUCCUCCGACCUUCAUUCCCCAGCUUUUGGGAUUCGCGAGCAGGUCAAUCAAGUCCUUCAGAUUCCCUGGCGAGCCUCUCGACUCUUCAUCCAUCACCUAUGGCGUCCAUGUCUUCCAAUGCCCGGAUGCUCGUGGUAUCGUUGCGAAGCUGUCGGAUUGCAUUGCUUCCAGAGGCGGGAACAUCCUCGGAGCUGACGUUUUCGUGCCGGAGAACAAAGAGGUUUUCUAUUCCAGAAGUGAGUUCAUUUUCGACUAUGUUAAAUGGCCGAGGGCACAGAUGGAAGAGGAUUUCAUGAAGCUAUCUAGAUCGUUCAAUGCAACGAGAUCUGUUGUUAGGGUGCCCGAUCUAGACCCAAAGUACAAAAUUGCCGUUCUUGCUUCAAAACAGGAACAUUGUCUGACUGAUAUGCUGCAUGGAUGGCAGGAUGGAAAACUUCCGGUCGACAUAGCUUGUGUAAUUAGUAACCAUGAAAGAGGUGCAAAUACACAUGUGAUUCGUUUCCUCGAAAGAAAUGGGAUCCCUUAUCAUUAUUUGGACACAAGCACAGAGAAUAAAAGGGAGGAGGAGAUUCUGAAAUUGGUCCAGAAUACUGAUUUCCUAGUACUUGCCAGGUACAUGCAGGUGCUAUCUGGUAAAUUUUUAAGAAGUUACGAGAAAGAUGUAAUUAAUAUUCAUCAUGGACUUCUGCCAUCAUUUAAAGGCGGAUUCCCUUCUAAGCAGGCUUUCGAUGCAGGUGUGAAAUUAAUUGGCGCAACAUCUCACUUUGUCACUGAAGAACUUGAUUCAGGGCCUAUUAUUGAACAGAUGGUUGAGAGAGUCACACACAGAGAUAAUCUUCGAAGUUUUAUUCAGAAGUCGGAGAACUUGGAAAAACAAUGCCUUGCCAAAGCUAUAAAGUCAUAUUGUGAACUAAGAGUGUUACCCUAUGAGCAUAACAAGACUGUCGUCUUUUGAGGUAAAAAAAAAAAAAAAAAAGACUAGAUACUUGCAUUUAGAAGGUAGUUAUUUUAGUCUGUACAAUUCACUCAUUCAUCAAAUGAUAGAUUGAUACAUCAAACCAGUAGAAGCAAGAGUGAACUACAAUGAUGUAAAUCUUACGUUUAUUCAACAUGGGAAUUUUGCAAAAUACAUAGUUUUGUCACCUUGGGAUUGUCUGUUGUUUGUUUCUCAUCUGUUUGUCUGAAUUAGUACCAAGAGCAAUUCAUAGUUGGCUUGAAGUGUCUGAUGGAUGCUCUAACCGCAAAUUGUGUUAAUCCCAGAGGAUGCGAUAUAUCUGGUUUAGAAUUUGAAAUGGGAAGAGUGUAGAGAAACAAAGAAACUAGGUGCAAAUUUUACGAAAAGAGAUUGCUUCCUUUCUCUUUUCCACAUAUAGCAGUAACAUUAAUUGACAUGGCGGGUUGACUUCAGACCAGAAUACAUAUUCGGUUGUUGAGUUUCUAAUGUACAAAACUGUGGCAGCGGAGACUAAAUGCUUUUGUUUAUGCUAAAAAAUUCCAAAGAUCUCUCAGUUGCUUCCAUGCUAUUAACUCAACGAAGCAGGGUUUGAAUCCCAUCGACCCAUUUUUGCUUCUGAAUCUUGCUCUUGCACUUGAACUCCAGAACUUUCUCUCUCUUUUCUGUAUGGCCAUGUAUGAGUUGGAAGAACAAGAAGAGAAGAGUGUCAAAAUCGGGCCGCUCAAUUGGUACGAUAUUGUCCGCUUUUGGACAGACCUCAUGGUUUUACUCUUGGGUAUCCUCCCCAAAAGUACUCGUACUAAUUGGGUUAGGUGGACUGUAAUAUACAAGGGUUCCUUCCCUUGUAUUUCCGAUGUGGUACUUGGAUUGUACCCUAACAGAGAGGAAUGCUGAGAUAGAGAGACAUGGAGGGAUAGAGAGAGACUGAUGAACAGAAAGUUGAAGACCUUUGUGGUUCUUGGAGAAAGCUCCACCAACGUGCUUGCUUUUAAUCUUAAUAAACAACCUGAGAUUUCUUGUUGAUGUGAACAGAGACCUUUUUCCAUCUCAGUGCUCCUGGAAAUUGGGUAAUCCAGAUGACAUCAGGAUUAGUUGAGGACUCUUCUGUCUAUAAACAUUCUCAGAUAAGCCAUAGAAGAGAAUGAGACAAACCUUUUAGUGUGCUGCAAAAGAUCUCCAUCGCAGGCUGGAGUCAGUUGCUGCUGGUCUUGGGACUGUGAAACGAAGCUUGAGGUGGAAUCAACAUCCGACAUUGCCCGAUCUUAAAGACGAAUAGCUGCAUUUUUUCCUGCUUCCUUUGGCAAUCUCGAUUUCGGCUAUUAGGACAACUUGUGAUGCCUACAUUCAACGAAAUGAUUGUUAUAUUACCCAUUCCAAAUUUUGUUUAAAGUUUGUCAUAAGAUAAAACUUUCAUUGAUAAAUUUGUUAGUAAUCCCGGCGGACAAUUAUGUAAAUAACCAUCGUACUAGGAACCGAGGAUGUGAUUAGUACAUGUGCCAGCUGCAGCAGUGAGCGUAACAAGAUCACCAGGGCCCCGAAUAUCGACGGCCGAUCUCACAAAUCAUGGCCUUUGUCCACCAAUCACAUGGGUAUCCUAACUUGAACACAAAUCAUGGCCUUUGUCCACCAUUUUGCAGCCCAUCUCGAAAUACUGUCGGCGAAAUCGUAAGUUGUUCCCCACCAUCGUUUUCCAAGGCCGCUACCUCGAGUUUUGUAUUGGGACCGAGUUUCAUCAUCUUUAGUGUUUUUUCUUUAUUUUUUCCCUUUUUGUUGAGUAUGAUCACAAUUGAACCCAAUGUCGCUACCGGAAAUCCAUACCAUAUUUACUCAAUGUUGGCGAGUUUUGUGUCGGGACCGAGUUUCGUUCGCUUUAGUGUUUUUCUUUCACUUUUUCUUUUUGUUGAGCAUGAUCACAAUUGAACCCAAAUCCAUGGGUAUCCAACCUAAUUCGAUUUGGUCAAAGCGACUUGAAACAAACUUUAGCAUUUAUA